AUGUUAAUUUAUUUAAAUUUAAUUAAAAUUUUUAUUUAUUUAUUCUCCCUUUUAAUAUUUCCAAUAAUAUGUACUUUUCAAGAAGAAGAAAUUCUUGAAUUAACAAAUAAAGAUGAAACUAGAUCUAGAAUUAUAAUGGUUGACGGGAAUAUUUAUUUUGUUGCUGGGUCUGAAAGAAAUAUUUCUUUUAUUGUAUCAACUGGCUCCAAUAUACAAUUUGGAAAUACAAAUAUAAUGAAUUUACCUAAUUCGACAGAAGUUGGUGCAGUUCGUAAUUUACUUUUAAAUGCUCAAGAACGUAUGCUUGGAUUCGAGAAUACUUUACAAACAUCUAAUUUAGAGUGGCAAAACAAAAUAAAUGAAUUACUUCAAAAGCAUUCAUUAUUAACCAAACAAAUUUCGGCCCAAGCAAAUGACACUUAUCAAAGGGCUCGUACCAACAGACGGGCUCGUUUACUUAUUUUAAAGCUUACAAAGCAAAUAGAGCGUCUUUUCAAACUUAUGGCUACAGAUGAAUGUUUAAUAGGUGGUGCUGAUAAUUGUAAAAAUGGAGGGACUUGUAUUGAUGGAUUUGGUAAAUUCCAAUGUCUUUGUCCCGCACAUUUUCAGGGAAAGCAUUGUGAAAUACGUGUUGAUGAAUGUGCCAUGUAUACUGGGACAGUAAUUGGCUGCCAAAAUGGGGCAAAAUGUACCAACAAUCCUAAAAUAUCCGGGUUUACUUGUAAUUGUACAUCUGGAUGGCAUGGACUUCUUUGUGAACAUAAAGAGAAUACUUGCGAUGGUGCCGAUGAUAUUUGUGGUACUAACGGGCAUUGUAUUCCAAGUCGGAGCAGUCAGUCUGCCAUUGGAUAUCGAUGUAUUUGUGAGCCGGGGUUUAAACAAGGGGGAGAUCCAUCAAAUCCAAUUUGUGUGGAUAUAGAUGAAUGUGCUUUAAAUAAUCCAUGCAAUGGUUUACAUUGUUUGGAUUUUGAUGAAUGUGCAAAUGAUUUAACAAACGAAUGUUCUAAACAACCACCAGUUGAAUGUAUAAACAUUCAUGGAAGUUAUAAAUGUGGAGAAUGUCCAUCUGGAUAUUUUUCAAAAGGAGAGAAGCAAGGCCAAAUUUGUCAAAAAAUUGAUGUUUGCAAUAAUCCCCAAUUAAUUAAUGGAGGUUGUUCUCCAUUAGCUAAAUGCGUUAAUGAACCUGAAUUUCGUUGUGUUUGCCCUAUGGGAAUGAUUGGAGAUGGAAUUGGGCCAGAUGGUUGUGAAAAUCCAAAAAUAAAUGGAACAGAUGAAGAAAAUUUGUGUUUAAAAUAUAAUAAAUAUUGUUUAAAUGGAGGGACUUGUCAAGCAAUUUCUUCAACAAAAUUUAGGUGUUUAUGUCCAGAAACACAUUAUGGGGGUCGUUGUGAACACCCAAACCCUUGUCUUUCACGACAAUUUUGUUCUGGCCAUGGACGGUGCCAAAAAGAUCCUUUGGAGUGUAUUUGCUUUAAAGGCUUUUAUGGGCCACGUUGUCAGUUUCAGGAAGACGGUAAAUAA